AUGGAGAAAAGUCAAGUGACUCUACCGAAUGGUGUGUGGGGUGUUCCACCGUCUAAUAAGGGCGAUUCUUUGCAAGGUUUGUCUGGAUCUUUUUCUCCUGCUUCUAGGUCUUUUCGAGAUGUUCUCACGGGUGAUUCAUCUUCUCAAAAUCCGGAUGAUAUCUUGAAAUUAGCUAGUCCUUAUCAGUUCACUUUGGUUGGAAAAUUUACUGUGAGGCGGCCGAACCUUGAUGCUAUAAGAAAUUUUUUUUCGAAACUUAAGCUUUUUGGAAAUUUUUCAAUUGGCCUUCUUGAUGCUAGACAUGUUUCUAUACAAUUAUCGAAUGAUUUAGACUAUAGUCGGGUUUUUUCGAGGUUGCAUUUUUUCAAUAAUCAUGUUCUUCAUGCUUUAGGCUCUAUUUUCGGUCGUCCGUUGCAAAUUGAUCAGGCGACUGCUAAUAGGUCUAGACCUUCUGUUGUGAGGGUUCUUGUGGAAAUCGACAUUACCAAAAAACAUCCUAAAGAAAUAUUGAUUGGUUCUGAUAAAUGUGGUUAUUUACAGAAAGUUGAAUAUGAGAAAUCGGAGGGGAUUCCUAAAAAAGUUGAUUUGGUUGUGGAAGGAAUCACCAAGCAAGGAAAUUUUGAUAUGUUGGAGGGACAAGACGCUAUUCAGCCUAGUUAUAAACCUUAUAAUAAGGAAAUUGACACUGAAUCUACUAUGUUAGAAGCUCAUAUUAAUACUUAUGCUGUUUUGGAGAAGGAUUUAGAGGAUAAUAAUGGUGACAAAAGAGUGGAUGAUGAAUUACACCAAAAUGUAUUAUCGGGAAAUGAAGAGGAUGACAUGUUUGAAAAUAAAGAUGAGGAACUUUCCAGGCCUCCGUCCCAUUCCAAGGAUGGAGAUAAACUUUGCGAUACUUCAAAAAAUUGUAAUAAUGCUGAUAGCACUACCAAAGAGCCUUGUAUUACUAAAGAUAGUGGAAAAGCUUUAAAUCUAAUGGAGAAAGAUGAUGAUGAUUUGGCUGGAAAUGUGGAUGGUAUGGAAGAAGGAGAAAUUGGGUCACUUGAAAUUGUUCUUCCAAUUGAUAAUUUGAGUGAUCUAAACGAUGAGGCGGUGUCAAAUCCGAAUUAUAAGGGGAAGAACGUGGAGGAGGAAGUCUUUGUUCAAGUGAAAAAGAAAGGAAAAAAUAAAAAAACUGUGCCUUCCGAGAACCCUAGGGCUACUCGUGCUUCCAACAAUAUUCUCGUUUUACUUGAACCUUUUGUUUAUGCUGUUAAAUUAGAUAAUAUCUGCAAUAUGUUGGGUUUUGAUCAUGCUUAUGCCAAUUGUACUAACAAGAUCUGGAUUAUGUGGAAACAGUCUUUUUCUAUUGAUAUUAUUAGUGAUUUUCCUCAAGUCGUUCAUGUUAAUGCUAAUUUUAAUCAUAUUUCCAUUUAUGCCUCCUUUGUUUAUGCUUCCUGUACUAGAAUUGGUAGAAAAAUUCUAUGGGAAUUGCUUCAUGAUUUCUACUCUACUAUUAGUGCUCCUUGGUUGGUUGGAGGAGAUUUUAACUGUAUUACAAAUAUUUCCGAGAGGAUUGGUGGAAACUCUCCUCAUUUGUUAGCUAUGGAGGAUUUCAAUGACAUGAUUUUAAACUGUAAUCUUCAUGACAUUGGCUUUUUGGGUAAUAACUUUACUUGGAAUAGGGGAACCAUGUGGCAAAGAUUGGAUAGGAUCCUUUUCAAUGACAGGUGGAUUUCCAUUUUCCAUAACACUCAUAUUGAACAUUUAUCUAGGACUUUAUCUGAUCAUUCUCCGUUACUGCUUACUGUUUCUACUAAUAGUAACGCUGUUUCUCAACCUUUUCGGUUUCAGAACAUGUGGUUGUUGGAUGACAGACUUGAAAACAUUAUUAGAUGUAAUUGGGCUGCUCCUCUUCAUCCCAAUGAUAAUGUGACUGGUAUGAAUAGGCUUUGGUUCAAGCUUAAGAGGUUGAAACAACCUCUUAGAUGGUGGAACAAGAACAUCUUUAAAAAUAUAUUUUCUAACAUCAAACUUGCUGAGAAUGAGGUCGAUAAGGCCGAUCGUAUGUACAUGUCUCAGUCCAAUGAUAUCAAUCUUUAUGCUCUUAACAAUGCCAAGAACGUUUUGGCUAAUUUACAAGAAAAAGAAGAAGCCUUUUGGAAACAAAAAGCUUCUGUUAAGUUUCUUGUGGAGGGGGAUAGGAAUACUUCUUAUUUCCAUAACAUUGCCAAUCACAAUAAAACUAGCAGAAAUAUCCAUAAACUUAUUACUCCGGAUGGGGAGGAGAUUACUAAUCAAGAUUUGAUUGCUUUUUCUGGUUCUAAUUUUUUUGAGAAUAUUUUUAAUAGAAACUUCUUGCCUAAUUUAAACACAGAUUUUUAUUUUAUUCCUUCUCUUAUUACUAAUGAUGACAAUUUGGUUUUGAAUAGUAUUCCUAAUGAAGAGGAGAUUCUUAUUAGUAUCAAAGAUAUGAACACUGAUUCUGUUGCCGGUCCUGAUGGUAAUCCUAUGCCUAAAUUCUUUACUUCAACAACUAUUGUGUUAAUUCCUAAAAUUGUUGGUGCUACUUAUUGGAAUGAUUUUCGCCCCAUUAGUUUAUGCACAUUUUUCAACAAACUUAUUACUAAGAUUCUUGUGAGUAGGCUGGCUGUUUUUCUUCCUAAGAUUAUUUCUUUAGAACAAACGGGUUUUGUGAAAGGUAGAUCUAUUUUUGACAAUGUCUUACUUGCUCAAGAAAUGAUUCAUGAUCUUAAUGCGAAAAUUUCUGGUGGGAAUGUCAUUUUUAAGAUGGACAUAUCUAAAGCUUAUGACAAUUUAAAUUGGAAGUUUCUUUACAAAAUCAUGCAUUUAUUUGGUUUUAAUUUGCAAUAUACAAAUCUCAUCAAACACUGUAUUGAAAACUCCUACUUUUCUGUUAUUAUCAAUGGUAAGGCCCAGGACUUUUUCAAGUCUUCUAAUGGUAUUAGACAAGGAGAUCCGUUAUCUCCUGCUCUUUUCAUCAUUGCUGCUGAAUUUCUUUCUCGUGGUAUUAAUAAUCUUUUUAGUUGUCACCCUAAGCUCUAUUACAAAACUAUUGGGGGUGUGGCCAUUACUCAUUUAAGUUUUGCGGAUGACUUUAUUCUUUUUUCUAAUGGUUCCAUGAAAAUGCUUAAAUUUCUCUUCAAUUUUCUUAACAUUUUCCAGCAAGCUAGUGGGUUAACGUUUAAUUCUACCAAGUGUGCUUUUAUUCCUGCCAAAAUUAUAUCUGCUACGCGUAUUGGUAAUAUUAGUAGAAGAUUUGGUAUUAAUGCAACUGUCCUUCCUAUUAAGUAUCUUGGAGUUCCUCUUUAUAAAGGGAAAAAAUGGUCCCAUCUUUUUGAUAAUAUUUUUAUGAACAUUCAAAAGAAAUUAUCUUCUUGGGCUUAUAAUUUUCUUUCUUAUGGUGGUAGAAUGGUUCUCAUUAAACAUGUGCUUAGUUCUAUUCCCAUCUAUCUUAUGCAUACACUUAGUCCUACUAAUUAUAUUUGCAACAAAAUGGAAACUAUUUUUAACAAGUUUCUUUGGGGUUGUAAAGGUGACAAGAGAUCUAUUAUUUGGAGCUCUUGGUCUAAUUGUGCUGGGACUAAGGAGGAAGGUCGUCUUGGCUUUCGUACCUUUGCCGAUAUGACCAAAACUUUUAGUCAUAAACUCUGGUUUUCAUUCAGAUCUAAUAAAAGUUUAUGGGCUAAUUAUAUGAACGUCAAAUAUUGUUCUCAUUAUCACCCCUUGUUAUGCUCUUAUAAACCUGGUGAUUCUGUUAACUGGAAGAGAUUGUGUAAAGUUAAAUGGGAGGCUGAAGAAUUUAUUCAAUGGGGGUUGGGUGCGGGCAACAUCUAUUUUUGGCAAGAUAAAUGGCUGGGUAAUUUCUCUAUUGAUAAUAUUUUAAAUACUCACUCUAUCUCUAAGAUGCAAGUUAAGGAUUUCUAUACAUUUGAUAACUGGAAUUUGAAUUUAUUAGCUGAUGUUAUUCCUGAUUCUAUUAUCGAGCUUAUUUCUAAGAUUUCUAUUCAUAAGAAUAUUGAUGAUUGCAUUCUUUUUAACAAGGCCCCUAAUGGUAAAUUUAAUACUAAGAUUGUUUGGUUUUCGGUGAAACAGAAUUUGCCUAAUAAUAAUCUUUAUAAAUUUUUUUGGCAUGAUAAUAUCCCUCUUACCUAUUCUUUUCUUUUUUGGAGAAUUAUCUUUAACUAUUUACCUGUUGAUUCUUUGCUUAGGAAGAAAGGAUUGGUUAUUGUCUCUAAAUGUCAAUGUUGCUAUCAUUUUGAGAAUAUUAAUCAUGUGUUCAUUAAUGGUCCCAUUGCUAUCAAAGUCUGGAAUUAUUUUGAUAAUAUCUUUAAAGUGAUGGUGGAUGGUUAUUAUGCUUCUUUUACUACUAAAAUUAGGGAUUGGAUCAUCCCUAUCAAAGGGCAUAUUAGAAAUAUUAUUCCUGUCUUUAUAUGUUGGUACUUAUGGGCCAGUAGAAAUGAUUCCAAGCAUAACAAUAUUCGUAUGGAUGCCAUGAAUAUCAUCUCCAAAGUUAAGAACAAAGUUAUCCAAUUAUAUAAUGCCAAUCUUAUUAAACCAAUUUCUUUCAAGAACCAUUAUAAUGCUGCUUCUGCUUUUGGUUUGGUUUUUUCCAACAGAAAGAUUCAGAGUAGGGAGAAAUUAAUUUACUGGAAGCGUCCUGUGAUUGACUAUUUUAAAUUAAACACGGACGGUUCCUACAAUAGUGUUACUGCUGGUUGUGGUGGUAUUAUUCGCGAUCAUAAUGGCAAAAUUGUUGUGGCCUUUGCUGGUCCUUCUUCUGGUACCAAUGCUAUUACUGCUGAAAUUGAUAGCUUAAAUUUUGGUGUUAAACUUUGUUUGUCACUUGGUUUCAUCAAUAUUUGGGUUGAAGUUGACGCUCUUCUCCUAAUUCAUUAUAUCAGUGGUAAUUCCAGUUAUAAUCCUACCAACUUCUAUAAGAUUCGUGAGAUUAAAUUAGCUUUGUCUGGUAUGAACUACUCUAUAUCUCACAUUUUGCGAGAAGGUAACGCGGUGGCUGAUGCCUUAGCUAAGAUGGGUUGUAACUUAGAUUGUUUUUACCAUUUUAAUGAUGCUUCGAUUCCCAGGAACAUUGAAGGGCUGAUUAAUUUGGAUCGCAUGGGCAUGAUGUUCUGGGGCUGUUUCCUGUUGAUGUUAUUUUGGUAUAACUGGGAGCUUUGUGCUAUCCGAUGGGGGUUGUGGUGGUUUACGUAUAUGUUCUGGAGGUACUAUUACAAGCAAGGCAGAAUUUUGACAAAG